CAUUCACACCACCACCAACGAUGCUCUCGUCUCUUUCUUCAUUUCUGCCUUCCGCUCUGCAUCUACAUUCCCAAUCUGAUGCUCAAAAUACUCCUCAAAUCGACGUAGAAUACGAAGAGGACGAUGCGAAAGAAGAAGACGAAAAUACCAAUACCCAGCAGAGGAAGAAAGAAAAGAAAGAAAAGACGCCUCAUGAGACGUUUAUCUUCGUCCGACCACCCCCUGCGAAAUCCAACCAUCCGCUCAACCUUCAAGUACAACUCGUUCCUCGGAACGCUCGACAAAGAAAACAGUCCAUCGAUAGUCGUACAGACGCCAGUGACGCCGAAUAUGAUGCCAGUGGUGCACGCUUGAAUCGUACGCCCUCAAUAGCCUCUGAAGCAUCAGGCUACUCCACCACCGCUUCCGGACAUGGCUCGACGUCGUCUUUCGCUUCUUACUCUUCUACUACUUCUGCUUCUGGAGGUCGGCGUAUGAUAAUACCUCUAUACAACCUCCAAGCUCACAACGUCAUGACCAACACCAUCGUUGACGCUGGAACUGAUGCCAAAAUUGCAAAAUUCCAGAAACGGGGUCUUGAAAUGAUCGAUUUGGCAAUGCUCGAGCCAGUUGAAGUCUGGGUGACUCCCUCUGGUGCAGCGAUGAGUAGAGGUGCUGGAACCACCAUUACUGCAGGUGACGGCACACGGAGCGCGAGGGGUAGCUUGGAUGUCGACCCCCCUCUCCGAAAUCGGCUCUCGUUUCUUGACAGACCUGGAACCACUAACUCACCAGAAUCCUCAGCAAUUUCACUCUCUUCAGCAGGCGAUCAUCAUCAUCAACUAGCCCCGUCGACUCCAGCCACUAGUUCAGUUCCAAAAUCCCCUCUACCGCCCACUCCUUCCACCCCAAACUCCGCUGCCAAAAAAACCAACAUAUUUGGUAAAAUUUUCGAUCGCAAAAGAAAGGAACCCUCGGUCACGGAUGGCAGUAGCACUCCCGACGUCAAGGUCAUUUCUCCUACCACCCCCACCUCACCACCCCCGCCAAGCCCGAACCCCAACAGUCGACACACCCGAGGUCUCUCGGCCUCUCUUUUCAAACGUUCCACUCCCACCACUCCGACUUUUCCAACUGACCCUGAUGCGACCCCCAAUCCGAACAACGAAAACCAAAACCAAAAGUCGAAUGGUCUCGGCCUUUUAAAACCCUCUACCGGAGUCCGAAAACUCGCUAAUCUGACAGUGAGCUCUUCGAGACCCACCAGUUCAUCUGGAUCACCUUCUUCGCCUUCUACCUCGGACGAGAAGAAUGUGAAUGCAUCCCCGAGGCGGAGUUUGAGUCGGACUAGGGAUAUGGUUGAUGUUGAUCAGACGCCUAUGUUGGAGCCUGCUCCAGGUACGGGUACGGGUUCUAGGUUUAGUACGAUGAGUCAACAUUCGACUGCGUCUGCCUCUGCAGCGGCGGCGGCAGGACAAGGCCAAGGACCAGCAACGCCAAUACCUACAUUACCACCUACCCUCGGAAUCACACCUACCUUAUCUACACCCGGAGGUCCCAGUGUGCUCACCUCCACACUUUUCAGUUCAUUUUCUGCAAAAGGCUAUCCACCACCGAAAGAAUCAGGGUUUGGGAAAGGACCUGCGAUGUAUGUGUGGGUUGUUAGGAGGUGGUAUAAGGGUGUUGAAAGGGGGUUGUUGGAUAAAGGACUUGUGGGGUUGGGGAUUAGAGGGAUUGGGAGUGAAGGCCACGGGCCCGAAGCUGCUGCUGUUGUGAAUUUGAGUCAGAUUGAGGUUAGGGUUGAGUGGAAGAGAGGAGGGAAGAGGAAGAUGGAGAGGAUGAAGGAGAGGAAGAGGAGGGAGACGGAGAGGGGGGAGGAGGAGAGGUCUGGAGAGAGGAAUUCGGGAUCUUCGAUGAGGGAUGGAUCUUCGGUUGGGGGAAGGACCUUGCCUAAUUCGUCGAAUCCGAGUUUGCAUGCUGAGGAUAAGGAGAAUAGGGGGGAAGUUACUACUGCUGAUGAGAAGAAGAAGAAAAACCGGCUUUCUGCGAUUAGUAUAGGAAGCCUAGGUGCUAGCAGUGAUGGUGGAGGUGGUGGUGGAAGUUUAUUCCGACGGGGAUCUCGAAAACGAUCGGGUACGAUGCCUGUUGGGAGUGACCUAGGAAGUGACGGAGAAGAUUCUGAUCCCGAAGAUUCGGAAACACCUUGGGGGUGUACGGUUAAAGUACGACGGUUGGGUGCUACUACUGCUACUCCUAUAGGUUCUUCUUCCAAUUCCAAAGUGGAACCUCUUAAAGUGAAAGCUGGAACGCUUUCGCCUACGCCACAUCAUCCAAAAGUGGUUGCGAUGUUGAAAGUGCCGUUUCCGUUACCGGAUGUGGAAGUGGAGAGGAUGAGAUUGAGGAAGAGAGAGGGAGGGAGGGGGGGUGGUGGGACUUUGGAUGAUUCGAAUGGUGGUCUUGUGCUUACGGCGGAAGAAAUAAAAGAUGUGAUUUGUAGUACGGGGUUGUGGAUUGUAGUAAGGGAAGGGUUUGGUGGUGUUGGUAAGGUUAGUCGGAAAGGUGAUGGGUGGAGGAUUAGGGCGUGAUUAUGAAUGGUUGGGGGGACACACCGGUACAAGAUUUUACUCUGCUGCGAAUUUUACUUUUCGGGUUUCGCUCGUUCUCGAUAUUUUUUAUACCUAUGGUGAAAUCGUAAUAUGCAUAUUCAUCACGACCUCACUCUCAAACUUUCUCUUUUUAUUUCUCCCUCUCUAUACAUGCUUGGUUCUGAUUCUCUAUAAAGCUUGCAGAUUUUUAGAAACUGAAUAUUUUAUUUAUGUACAUAACUUGUAUGUAGUGCAUACUUACAUUUCCAUUUCCGCUCUCUCUCUCUCUCUCGAAGUCUGGAAACAAAAUAUUCUUGUGCCAUUAUUAUACCUACAAUUCAUUGCAAUGCAAAGGGAUUAACGGAGCAUUUGCAUCA